UUCAAUGCUCCGCUCAAGCUACCUCUUCCUCCCGCCGAUCCUUUCGGACAUAUGCGCCGUAUCUCCGGCGGAGGAGGAUAUAUUUAGUUCUAUACUGGAUGGAAAAUCGAAGAGUUACGUACUCGCCUUCACUCGCCUUAUUUAACUCGUUGAGGGACGAAGCGAUGCCACGCUUGUCACCCAAAGCCCGCACGAGAUUCAUGGAGGAACCCCGACCUUGGUGACAUGAGGAACGGCAGAGACCACCGCAGCCACCAGAUCACCGCUGUUGCCGCCCACGUCUCGAAAUGGACGGAGAGGCGGCUGGUGCUGGCCCUCCUCGCCGCUCUCCUUCUCGUCCUCCUCUUCUUGUCCUGCUCCCGCGGCUCCCUCUCUCCGUCCCCUUUCAGAUCCCUCCCCCUCUUCAGCUCCCCCUCCGCCGGAGAUACGGCGCAUAUGCUCGAGAGGAUCGGCGGGAGGAAGAGGGAGCUUGAGCGGAGCAGGAUCGCCAUCUGCCUCGUGGGCGGAGCGCGGCGGUUCGAGCUCACGGGGCCGUCCAUCAUGAGGAACUUGCUUGAGGAGUUCCCGAGCGCAGAUAUCUUCCUCCACAGUCCGCUCGACAAGGACUCGUACAAACUCUCGUUGCUCAAGGCCGCGCCGAGGGCCGCCGUCGUCCGCAUCUUCACGCAGAAUACGAUGCCGACGACAGAGUCGCAAGAGCGGGUGCUCACGGCCAACGGCUCGCCCAACAGGAUCCAGGGUCUGCUGCAGUAUUUUAACCUAGUGGAAGGCUGCCUGAGGAUGAUCAAAUCACAGGAAUCUAAAGGCAACUUCACCUACGACUGGAUCAUCCGGACCCGCGUCGACGGCUACUGGUCCGCCCCGCUCGACGUGAUUAACGCCUUUCAGCAUGGCACCUACGUCGUCCCGUCCGGCUCCCGCUACGGCGGCCUCAACGACCGCCUCGGCGUCGGCGACCGUGCCACCUCCGAGGUCGCUCUCUCCCGCGUCUCCCUUAUCCCCCGCCUCGACGCCGCCGGCUUCCGGCAGCUCAACUCGGAGUCGGCACUCAAGGCGCAGCUGACGAGCUCGAAGGUGCGGUGGGAGGAGAUCGGGGUCCCCUUCUGCGUCGUGAGCGACCGGCUGUACGGGUACCCGCCGGGGCCGUACGGCGUGCCGGUGGUGUCGAUAGGGAGCCAGGGGCAGCUGAGCGGGGCGAAGUGCCGGCCGUGCGAGCCGGCAUGCACGGGGCAGUGCGCGGCCGACGUGGGGGCGGCGCUGGACCACGGGUGGGGCUGGACCGAAUGGCGCGACGACAGCCUGCAGAUAUGCGACCCCAGCGGCGGGUGGGCGCCGGGGUGGGAGCACAUCUUCGACAGGGUGGCGGGGCCCGAGGCAGCGACGGCGCGGAAGAGCGUGGCGGAGUUGGACAUGGCGACAUGCGUGGACGACUUCGAGAUCAUGAGGAAGAAGGCUGCGAGCUGGGAGGCGCCGCCGGCGGUAGAGGUCUGCAGUAUUGUGGAAUGGUCGUCACUUGUUCUAAGGAUGCGACCGAGUUGGGUAGGCAACUACGCUUCCGUGGACUUUGAGGUUGGCGAAAGUAGAGAGACGACAGAGCUGGAAAGAGAACCAUGUUAUUUAGGUGGACCAUUUUAUGUUGACUUUUCGCCGUCGAGUAGCUUUAUUUUCCUGGGAAGGAGACGGAUGUUUGAUGAUAGGAGUGUCUCAAUGCUGAUCAUAUAUUGAACCUUUGACUCA